CAGUACAUGACCGUCGUCGGCCUCGUGGCCACGCGCGUCGUGGGUGCGGCAACAAAGACGACGACGAACAAGGCCGUGUUUGAAGUCGUGGAGCGGUGGAACGAGCACUGCUUCCAGAGGCGCCGCCUCGAUGUCUUCAUCCACAACGGACACAGUCGCCUGACGGCAAAGGGCGUGGGCGAGGCCGUGCCUCCGCUCAAGAGCUCGCUGAAGAAGACCAAGUUCGAUGACUCGUCUGAUUCCGACUCGGACUCGGACUCAGACUCAGACUCGGACGAGGAGCCGGGUGCGCCGCCUCAGCUGGGCAGCAAGAAGUACGAGCAGCGAAUGGAAAAGUACAACCGCAGGCUCGCCAAGCGCGAGCGACGGGCAGCGAGGCGCGAGGAGAAGCAGCGCGGCAAGCAGGCCAAGCGCGAGGCAAGGAGUGGCAAGCGGGCCUGCAGGGCCACACAACGCGGCUUCAACAAGAACGUCGACUUCUGGCUCGUCGUUUCUUCUGUGUAGUAGGAGGAAUAGUGGUGUAACUGUAACUGUA